AUGGAUGAACCUAAAUACAAGAAAGCACAAACUUAUCACAGUAGCAAGUCGAACGCGCCGCUCAACGGGAGUCAAAUAGAAGCAGCCAUUAAGAUUAAAACGGAAGGGAAUUCGAAACGAAUUUUUAAGAGAUCGGGUAGAUGCCCGUGCUUCAGCCGGCCGGAAACACCUACGCAUCAUGGUAGCGUGCGAGGUGAUGCUCAGCGAUGGGAACGACCACCUCACGAGACUUCUUUCAACAGAGUUGAAAAAUGCACAGAUUUACCAAAAGAAAUUGAAGAUGAUUUUAUUUCAAUCAAAGGAGACUAUGAUUAUCCAUUAUAUUUAUCUGAAAAAGAAGAAUGGAUCAAUUAUAAAAAUAUUGAAAACAAAGAAGAUAAAAUAAAAGUUUAUGGACCCUUUUUAAUAUGUGAAUUGAAUAGAUUCGUACCUUAUUUAGAAGGUAAAAAUAUAAAAUUUCAUCCUCUUAAUAUGCCUUAUAUUAGAAUAGGAAAAAUUAAUAUAAUGGGAUUUGUAGUAUGUGAUUCUGAAGAUGCUAAAUAUUAUCGGUAUCAAGUUGAUGAUGGAACAGGAACCAUCACUAUUUUUUAUGAUAAAAAGUUUUUUGCAAAAAGUGUUGCGCUAAGAAGAAAAAUUGAUAAAAAGUAUUAUAAUUUAUCAAAUAAUGUAAAAAAAAACAUGAAAAUAUUAAAAAAUCAAAAAUGCCCAAAAAAAUUUCCAAAUCCAAGACCAAAAUUUUUUUAUCCUCCUAAUACAAGUAUACAUGAUAUGGCUAUUUUUGAAUAUAACUGGUCAUUGGAAACAAAUAAUGGGACAUUGGGUGAAGAGAUACAACGUUGUAAUUAUAUAUAUGCAUUAGGUUAUUGUACACUUGACUUUUUGCAUAAAAAUAAAGCAAAGACAGAAAUUACAUUUACAGAUAUAUCCCAUGCAAAAAUAAAUUUCAUUGCAACUAGAAUUAUGUGUUUAACUGAACAACAAUAUAAUAAAAAGUUGCUUUCAUGGAUUCACAAUGAUGUCAGAAAAAGAUAUGAUGAACAACUAAAUGAAUCCAAAUCGUAGAAAAAUACAAAUUUAGAAAAUUUAAUGUUACAAUAUUAUACAUUUUUUAAAAGGUAGAAUAAGGAAGAAUUAAUAUGAUAUUCAAUAUGUCAUCAAAAAGCGUUUAUUUAAAAUUGAUGAAUGUUUCAUUCAUAUGUUUAAUAUUAAAAAAAUUUUAUCUAUUAAUUGAAUAAGAAAUUUAUGUUUUUUUAAUGUUUUAUAUUAUUCAGUGAUUAUAUAGCAACUUUUGCAUUAUUGUAUUGUAUUUAAAGUAUAAGGAUUUUCUUCUUUUAAUAAAUGCUCAAUUGUA